CUGUGUUUUGUGUGCUCGGACAGUGGGUCAAACAUGUGUGGAGCAGAGGGCAUUCGGAGUGUGUACCGGAUGCUCCCGUGCGCAGAUCACAAAAUCGCAACCAUUUUGACCACAGUCUUGAACAAAACCACAACGGUGAGCAAUAAGGUGACGUCUACUCCUUUUUAUAAGUUCUAUGACACCACACUUGAGGUUUUUGACAUGAUUGAUCACUGCAAAGAAUUGGUCAGGUACUUCAAGCCAACAAAUCUUCAGAACAGUUUGAAAACCACUUUGAAGCAAGAGAAUGCAACACGGUGGAAUUCAUUAUUAAGACUGUUAGAAAGUGUCGUUGGAAAUUAUGAAGAUAUGACGAACAUUCUUGUCGGUCGAACUGCAAAUCGUGCGAUUCUCAUCGUAAAGAUUGACCGCCAGCUGUUGGAAGAGUUGGCAAGGUUCCUCAGACCUUUUCAGGCGGCAACCUUAAAGCUUGAAAAAAUUCUUGAGCCGACUCUUCACCUAGUCCCUUUCGAGCGACACUCUCUCAUAGAACGUUGUGAGAUUCGAACUGUGCCUUUGCAGGUUGUGGACAGCAGUGGAAAAAAAAACACCAUCCCUCCAGACUCUGCAGGCAUAAGGGGAAUCAAGAAGCUUGUGAAAGAGGUAUUGAGGGAGAAAUGGGAGCUUGAUGAUGUGCACGUUCAGGCUACACUUUUGGACCCGAGGCAGAAAGAUCGCUUAGACUUGUUUGAGGUUCCUGUUGCUCAAAUCAAAAGAGCACAGAGUGGCGUGAGAAGGAUGAUGCUCACUGUCGGUGCAAGAGUGGAAGGAGAGGUGAGGAAGGAAGGUUUCAUAGAAGUUGUAUCAGAAAAAGAACGUUCUCCACGACCAUUGAAAAAACGAAAGGUGGAUGAGACGAAACCGCGUACUGGAUUGUGCAGCUCUGAUGAAGAAGAUAAAGACAUAGAUGUAGCUGCGGGCAAUGCGUCAUUGACUAGUGAAGAGCAGAUACAGAAGGAGCUCGAUUAUUAUUGGAGCCUGAAGUUGACAAAGGAUGAGAAGCGAUCGUUCGAGAUUUUGGCUUGGUGGAAGGCAAAAGGGGUUGCUGUAAAGACUGUUGAACAACAAUUGUUGCUCCCCCCCCUUCCUAUUAUGGCACGAGUGGCACGUGCCAUCCUAUCUGUGUCUGCAUCAAGUUCAAAAAGCGAGUGCAAUUUUUUCGAUGCAGGCAACACUAUUACUAAAAAACGGAAUUCGAUAAAACCGUCAGUGGUGAAUGAUGUUUUGUUCGUUAGAUCGAACAAAGACUUGGCAGUUUAUGACUGCAGUAUUUUAGAUAUUUGCAAUCCUAGUGAAAAUGACUGCAGCCAGUCUGAGCCAGAUAGAUCGAGAAAAUUGUUUCCUAGUGAGCCAACAAACUUUGCAGAGUGAGAUACGAAGCUUCAAGUUCAAAAUUUGAUUGAUCUCAUUUUUCAAUGCUAAGAAGGCCUAGGACAAAUUUUGAGAUGCCAAACCAAUGA